ACCAACAAUGGGCGGUCCAGAAUUACCCACAGAUCCCGGAGAGGAGCACACUUUUCAAGCGCCCGCAAUUGAGCAUUCACACAUUGGUGAACAGAGCGAUGACAGCGCAGAUUCGGAUGCAUAUGAUGGCUAUCAGCCGCUGGCAACCGACGCUGACGAGGCGGGUGCAAUGCCCAACGAUAUCGCAGCUCCCGAAACACCUGAUGAGGACAUCGACUUGAUGACAGCGGAGGUGACACACGGUGAUCCGAAUAUGCCAGCCAUUGAAAGCGCCGAUGCGGAAAUCGAGCGACAAGUCUGGAACGAGCCACGGCCGCAGGAACUGCAAAUGGAGCUGGACAAGACGCGCACAGAGCAGAUACUUAAGGCCAUGGCCAAGAUAACAUUGCCUAACAUAACAGUGCCUGACUGGGCCAAGGGUGUGCCUGAGGAGCGCUGGAAGCACGAAUUGCUGGAGCGGAUUCAAACGCGUAGAGCAGCGCCUGGAACGGAAACUGGUGCUGGACAGCUUCCCAAGACGUCUGCUGAUUAACACAUUCCCCACAAACACACACUUACACACAUAUAUAUGUUAUAAGCUAAGCAUAAAUGUAUUCAUUGAAUUUGACUCCCGAAUAUAUAAUCUUUUUAAA